GUCACUUUCGCUCAAAACCUCACUGGGCUCGGACACCACGAUGGCCUCUUCACGCGCCCUCAACGCGAUCCUGCCGCAGAUAGCCAAUUCGCCAUACGAGGCGCAUCAGAAAGCGCGCACCUUCGCCUCCCGGUACACCAAGUCCGGCCAAUACGACACCGCGAUCGACGUCCUGUUCCAGAGCGCGCGCGAGCUCUUCAAGGCGGGGCAGGCGGGCAGCGGCGUCGAUCUUUCCGGAUUCAUGCUCGAGGUGUACGAUGCCAAGGGGGAGCCAGUGAGCGAGGAAAGUCGAGGUCGAGUGACGCAACUCAUCGCGCUUUGCGGCUCAGAAGGCUCGUGGAGGAAGACGGUGAUCGACAAGUCCAUUGCAUGGUCGGCGAAACACGGCCCAUGUCCUGCAGGCGACUCGGAGCUGCACCACUACAUCGGUGUCCUGCUUUUCAAAGAUGGCGCCUUUGAAGCCGCGGAACCACACCUCCUAGCAUCCGGGAACAGGGACAGUGCGCGCGUUCUUGCUGAAAUGUUCAUCGAAUGGGCUGCAGCCGAUGUGGACUCUUACGGCGCAUUUGCUCUGCGCGGGACUCUGCCGUACCUGAUGAACGGCAACAUUCUCUCCGCACGCAUGUUCAUCACGCGCUUCAUCGCCCCCAUCCCGCGGACCUCUGAGACCCCGCUCACGAUCGGCGAGUCGCAAGUGUACCUCGUGACGGACCCGGUGUGCAACUUCGCGCAGCUGGCGGUUCUGGCCUGCCAGCGUGCCCAGGGGGAGCGCAACAAGGCAGCGCGGGAAAGCUGGGUCCGGUUGUGCGGGACGUAUCAGGCAAGACGGGGAAUCAUGGCUUCGCCCGAAGUGCGGCAGGCGCUGACGGAUCUGUCGUCGCUGUACUUUGCACUCGCGCCGCCGCGCGGCCAAGGGGGGAAUCCACUGGGAGAUAUGAUCUCGUCGAUGUUCGGUGGCCCUGCUGCUUCGCAGCCGACACGGCGGGUUUUGGCUCCGGCCGGGGUAUCUGCUGCGAGUGGUUUGGAUUGAGAUUCGGGUUUGGAGAGUAUUGGCACAUUCAUAGAGCGAUGUCUCUAUCUUGAAGGUCGGCCGCAUUCAGACCAUUUAUUACGUCAGUAGCUAAGACCUUCGACUCUUGUCUGUCUAAGCAUUAGUUUUCCUUCCGCAAGUCCUCUUCAGCGAUCGCUUCAUAACCUUGCUUACUACGACGAUCCUCGGGCGACUCCGUCGUUAUCGCCCACUGGGAAGAGCCUCGCUGUAAUCAGGAUCGCGACGUUCGCACAUCUUUUCCGAGUCGAAAGCUUCCUGCGCGAUUGAAGGACCGCCGGAGAAUUGUCUCAAUCCCGGGAGAGAUCACCAUGACAAUGAUGGCGGACACUAGGACAUGCGGGUAUGACUUGGAUGUUCUGCGCUCAACUUCUCCUGCGGACUCGGACUUCCACGGCAUCUCGAAUCUAGUCUGGGUCUUCGGUAUCCCGUCUGUCAUCCUCAUUCAAUAGAGAACUGACAAGAACUCCGGCGCCAGCUUUUCCUCUAGGCGCGGGGACUCUGCCGCAACGGUUCGAGUUCUCAUUGCGACUCGCAAAGGGGCUUUGCGUCCGCAGCUAGUGCCAGUGGCAAGGGGCCGUCGUUAAUGAUUGCCAAGUACGCGCCAGAAGCCGUUGCCGCCGCCGCCGCCGCCGCCGCCGCUGCGGAUGCGAUAUCCGAUUCCUGGCCAUCGAACGAUGCAUUGCCGGCGAUCAUGUGCCGCUCGUAUCACGGCACGACAUACAUAGACACUGGCGCCGAACCCUCGAUGUCUCGCGACUUGCCGGUCCCCCCAGGAUCUCGGGGAUGGAGAUGACAAUCUCUGUGUGCGAUGUGCCGGAUGUCUGACUCGGUUCUCGUUGCCGUCGUACGCCACCACUAUUCCCGAGGCGUAUCCUGGUCCUCCCACACUCUCCGGCCACGUCCGCCGGUUCAUCGGACUGCGGCCUGCCACCAUGCUUGUUUCUCCGGAUCCCUGGAAAUGGAUAGCACCAGACGUGACCGUGACGGGUGUUUGCGGUCACCGAUGACUGUGAUGCCCGCAACUGACUGCACGGAUGACGCAUCAGCGACCAAGCCGCGAGGAAGCACGCACACUUUUCUGGGCGGUGUUAUUUGGCGGUCAUCAUCCUGUAACAACGGGUCCAGGAUCGGUCCGGGCCUUCGAGCGGUAAGAUCAAUCGAAUCCAGCUAACAUUGGUUUGCUUGUGGAGCGGGACCUCUUGUGCUGUCCGCAGUUUCUCAAAGGAGAGCUCAUGAGGUCAUUGCACUACUGGGUUCUCCGUCCCAGUCGUGGACGGAAGCGAGAUGUUGGGCACAGGCCAUAGCAUGGGUCGGGCCGUUUUGAGGGCGAAGAUGUAGCAUCCUUCCCGCGCAGGAGAGUUGCAGCUCAAGUAGUGCCUUCAGGGCUAGGGCAGGC